UAAAAUCAGUAUUAUUAUGCAUGACACUAGAGAGGAGGAUACGAGGUGUACUGUAACAUAAUUAUUCCCGUGAUUAGCUAUUUGUACUUCAGUAGCUUGUGGUGUCACCAACAAGAUUUUCUGGUCAACUGGAGAGGUCCCAAAGGGUUGGAGACUUGCCACUAUGACUCCCAUCUAUAAGGUUCCUAAGGAGGAUCUGGGGAACUACAGGCCCAUCAGCCUGACCUCAGUGCCAGGAAAGAUUAUGAAGAAGAUGAUUUUGAGUGAGAUCACCUGGCUCAUGCGGGACAACUGGGGAAUCAGAUUAUUAAUAUUGGUAGGUGGACAGUUGGGCUGGAUGAUCUAAGUGGACUUUUCCAGCCUUGGUGAUUCUAUGAUUCUAAAAUCAGAGCUCAUUAUGGUAGGUGCUGUGCAAACAUAAGAUGUGGGACUGCAUCUGCCCCAGUGCAUCUGGAAUGCAGAGCAGCCAGAAGGAGACAAAACCUUUCAUUUUAGGGGAUCUCAAAAGACCAAAAGUUACAUCUGAAGGACAUAGGAGGUGCAGGGGAUAUGCUAUAUGGGCACGGGAUCUUUCAAGACAUAUAUACAUGCUAUGGGAUGUACUCUUAUGUUAAACAACUUCAGUGAGAAAGAUGGGGGAUAUGUUAAUUCCACCUACACAGCUUGUUGCUUAUUAUAUGAUGUGGCCUUCAGCCUCCUGUUUCCUAUUUUGGAAGCUGCUCUGAUCACUACUUUUGAAGGGCAUGUGUCGUUGGUGUAUCCACAGAGAUGUGUGAUGGAGUUACUUCGCUUUUUUUUGGGGAAAAUUGGUAGGAGCUCUUUUUGAUGUGGCAAUUCUGGGAAGAGGAACACGUAAAGAUUGUUCAGAGGGCCAGACAGUGAGGAUGUAGAGCCACACGUCCACACCAUUACAUUGGAUAGCCCAAUGAUAACUGUUCUUUUUAAGAGGCUUAUGUCUGGGGCAAACUUGCAUGGAGCUACUAAUGGUUGGAUUGCCAUGUUAGGCUCCUUCUGAAGAUACCCCAAAAUGUGUCUGCAUCACACUUGGAAUUUCCAGUUGCCAUAGGAACUGGUCACCUGUUUGUUGUUAGUGUUUACCUCUGAAUCGUUCUAUUGCUCACUGUCAAGGAAACCAGCACUUUCAUCCAAUUUCCUAGGCAUGGGGUGACAUAAAAGCAAAGCAAAAGAAAAAGAAAAAGAGAGGAAAAUAAAGUCUGACUUUCUUCCUAUGCAGUUUUAACCUUGGUGCAUUUCAGACUUCAGCAGGAUAACUCUUGGUUUGCUCCAACGUACAGGGCAAAACAUCUCAUAUUUUGAAUCAUUCUGGUGCUCAUAAAACAUUACCUGGUUUCCUAUGUCCUUUCCCCUCUCUUUGCCUCCUACUCUCUGAGGCAGUUAUUGUAUCAUUAAAGUGACUGGAGAAAACACCAUUCUGUCCUUAAUACUGAGCUCAGGUCUGAACUUAGUCUGAGUUCAUUGAGUCCUGUCCUUUUAUUUAGUAGAGAUACUCUACGGAGGAAUUUUGGCCUUGGACUCCUGCAGUUGCUGUUGGAGGUACAAACAGUAGGGAGGAUAAAAUCAGUAAAGGAGAAAUGAUUCAGAUUCAUGGAUUGGUUUCCUAAGCUGGGUUUGGUUUUCUAAGCUACCCUUAUACACAGUUUUCUGGAAGGAUGGGAUUGGCUGCCUCAGCAUCUUUGGUUCUGUAAUUCACGCUGUUUGAACCUGGACCUACCACACAGCUGUGCUUAUUUCUGAUAAUGUAGAGAUGGUCUGAACAGAGAAGGGGAAAUUCAUUCAAAUUUUGAUAGGCUCCAACGCUUCUCAAAAGAUGAAGACUGGUGCAGGACUAAUAAAGUCUUUGAAAGAGAAAAGGAUGGUUUGAGAAUGAAGGGCUACAGCACCCAGCCCAAGGUGUCCACUAUUCUGAUACUCCAUGAAAUUCAGUACAGAGUGGAGUACUGCCCAACCUGCAUCAUAACUAAAGCAGGUCCCAAGUCUGAUUAAAAUCACUGAGCUGUCAGCCAGUGAAGUGUGUGCUUUCCCUCAUCGUCCAAGAAGUGUAGCAUCCAACUGUGAUGUCAGCAAGACAAACGAAUAUUGUGAUAUCACAGCCUGGCUGCCCCUGGUGGAGGGAUGUGGCUGUGGAAGCAUCACUGUCCUGACUAUUGUGAAGAGCAUUAGCCCAAGAGUGGGAUGAAAAUGCUUCCCCUUACUUUCUGGUUGUUAACUUCUCUAAUCAGCAGCAUCCAUGCAGACGGCUCUUCCAAAUCUUACACGUUCUUCAGAAGUCAUCAGCAGAACAGAGUGGUUGAUAUCCAGUCUACACACUCAUACAACGAGUGUGGCCUCCGACCAUCUUUUGAGUCCUUUCUGUGGACUGGCAAGAGGAUCACAGGUGGGCAAUAUGCCAAAGAUGGAGAGUUCCCAUGGGAAGUGAGCAUCCAGAGCAAUGGGAGACACAUCUGUGGAGGCAGCAUAAUCAGCGCGUUGUGGAUCCUGACUGCGGCCCAUUGCUUUGCAGAUGAGGUGCCAGAAGAUCUUAAGAUUGUAAUGGGAGCAGCUGACCUUGACCUCGCACUGGAAGUACAUGAGCCAAGCAGCUUGAUCCUCCAUGAAGACUUUAACAGAAUAACCCUGAAGCACGAUAUUGCUCUGAUCAUGCUCGACAAUCCCAUUGAAUUCAGCGAUGAGAAAAGCCCCGUCUGCUUUCCCUUCAUGGAUGACAUCAGUUCGUGGCAACACUGCUGGGUUGCUGGAUGGAGAAUGACAGGUGCAGCAUCCAACAUGCUGAAGAAAGCGAAGAUGAAGCUCAAAAGCCGGGAAGAGUGCUUGGACCAGAUACCACAGCUACCAAAGGAUAUGUUCUGUGUUGAGCUGGAGGAAGGAUACUGCCAGGUGGACAGUGGGGGACCCCUGGUUUGCAGCUACUGGAACACCAUGAAGUGGUUUCAGGUUGGCAUCAUCAGCUGGGGAGACAGUUGUGCAGCAAAGCCAAAUCAUCAGUUCUACACUUCUGUUUACAGCUACUAUGACUGGAUCAAGUCUCAGACAGCCUUGAUGGGGAAACCUUUCUUAAUCGAAGGUGUGGCUAAAGAAGUUGUGCGUACCACAGAGGUUCAUUCAGAGGCAACAGCUCAGCUGAUGUUUCUUGAAUCUGCUGUCCUUUUAUUUGCUUCUCUAGUGGCAACUGUAUUACUCUAGAGCUAUUUUUUGAAAACAUAAUAAAAGUCAGAAUGACUGUCUCCUUUUUCUUCAGAA